UGAGACGAUGGGCGGGGAAGGCGCGCGGGGAUUGGCGAGUUGCGGCGAUGGGCGGGGAAGGCGCGCGGGGAUUGGCGGGAUGCGGCGCGCCGCGCGUGAACCUCCUUGGCCUGGGCGAAGCUGUGUGGACCAAGCAAGCCAGGAGUGUGGCCAUGUUUUCUGAGCAGGCUGCUCAGAGGGCCCACACUCUACUGUCCCCACCAUCAGCCAACAAUGCCACCUUUGCCCGGGUGCCAGUGGCAACCUACACCAACUCCUCGCAACCCUUCCGGCUAGGAGAGCGCAGCUUUAACCGGCAGUAUGCCCACAUUUAUGCCACCCGCCUCAUCCAAAUGAGACCCUUCCUGGAGAACCGGGCCCAGCAGCACUGGGGCAGUGGAGUGGGAGUGAAGAAGCUGUGUGAACUGCAGCCUGAGGAGAAGUGCUGUGUGGUGGGCACUCUGUUUAAGGCCAUGCCGCUGCAGCCCUCCAUCCUGCGGGAGAUCAGCGAGGAGCACAACCUGCUCCCCCAGCCUCCUCGGAGUAAAUACAUACACCCAGAUGACGAGCUGGUCUUGGAAGAUGAACUGCAGCGUAUCAAACUAAAAGGCACCAUUGACGUGUCAAAGCUGGUUACAGGGACCGUCCUGGCUGUGUUUGGCUCCGUGAGAGACGACGGGAAGUUUCUGGUAGAGGACUAUUGCUUUGCUGACCUUGCUCCCCAGAAGCCCGCACCCCCACUUGACACAGAUAGGUUCGUGCUGCUGGUGUCCGGCCUGGGCCUGGGUGGAGGUGGAGGUGAGAGCCUGCUGGGCACGCAGCUGCUGGUGGAUGUGGUGACAGGGCAGCUUGGGGACGAAGGGGAGCAGUGCAGCGCCGCCCACGUCUCCCGGGUUAUCCUCGCUGGCAAUCUCCUCAGCCACAGCACCCAGAGCAGGGAUUCUAUCAAUAAGGCCAAAUACCUCACCAAGAAAACCCAGGCAGCCAGCGUGGAGGCUGUUAAGAUGCUGGAUGAAAUCCUCCUGCAGCUGAGCGCCUCAGUGCCCGUGGACGUGAUGCCAGGCGAGUUUGAUCCCACCAACUACACGCUCCCCCAGCAGCCCCUCCACCCCUGCAUGUUCCCGCUGGCCACUGCCUACUCCACGCUCCAGCUGGUCACCAACCCCUACCAGGCCACCAUUGAUGGAGUCAGAUUUUUGGGGACAUCAGGACAGAACGUGAGUGACAUUUUCCGAUACAGCAGCAUGGAGGAUCACUUGGAGAUCCUGGAGUGGACCCUGCGGGUCCGUCACAUCAGCCCCACAGCCCCUGACACUCUAGGUAACAAGCUCAGCCAUAUGGGGUGGGAGCAGAGGGCCAGGAGGCCUGGCAGGACCCUGAAGUGCACAGGGUCCCCCUGUGGGUUUGCACUUGCCAGCAUUGCUGAGAGCUGUCUGAGGAGAAGUUCAGAGGCUUGGCACCUGCUCUGGAAGCUACUCUGGAAUCUUAAUUCUAAGGCCAAUGGCUGCCCACCCCGACGGGCAGCAACAGCAGGGCCGAGGUCUUGUGACAAUGUCUGGAGGUGCUCCUAUUGUCACACUGGGGGUCUCCUACUGGCCUGCAGUGGGAGGAGGGGCUGCAGCCCCACAUCCUGUGCAGGGUGCUAGUGCUGAGGUGGAACCCUCCUCAGAGCUGCCCCUUCUCCUCCAGGUUGUUACCCCUUCUACAAAACUGACCCGUUCAUCUUCCCAGAGUGCCCGCAUGUCUACUUUUGUGGCAACACCCCCAGCUUUGGCUCCAAAAUCAUCCGAGGUAAUUUUUGUCUUCUGGGGGCCCAGGCCUGAUUUGCUGAUUUGCUCUCACCUGGGGACAAGGUUCACAGAGAAGAAAACCUGCAUUGUGGAGUCCCCCUGGCCCUUGUGGGAUGGACAGCUGAGGUCUUCUGCACAGCUGCCAUUUCACUGUGGGAGCCAAGCUGCCUCACCAGCUGGGCAGGGGCUGGAAUGGCUCCCAGCCUGUAUGCUUCUCAAGGCUAAUCUCUGGUCUCCUAUUGUCACAGUGUCCCCACUGUGUGCCAAUGGGGACUCCUGUUUAUUUCUGGCAGCUUCUCUUUGAGGCAGGACUUACUUGGAACCUACAGUGGGUCCCAUGUGACUUGUUUGCAGGUCCUGAGGACCAGACAGUGCUGUUGGUGACUGUCCCUGACUUCAGUGCCACGCAGACCGCCUGCCUUGUGAACCUGCGCAGCCUGGCCUGCCAGCCCAUCAGCUUCUCGGGCUUCGGGGCAGAGGACGAUGACCUGGGAGGCCUGGGGCUGGGCCCCUGACUCAAAAAAGUGGUUUUGACCGGAGAGACCCAGAUGGAGGCUGUUCAUUCCCUGCAGUGUCGGCAUUGUAAAUAAAGCCUGAGCACUUGCUGAUGCGA